CACCACACCGGCUACGACAGCCGCACAGACGACAUCCCCCACUCCCUCGACGACUGCUACCAGCAGCACACCGGCUACGACAGCCCCACAGAUGACAGCCCCCACUCCCUCUUUGACUGCAACCAGCACCACACCGGCUACGACAACCGCACAGACGACAGCCCCCACUCCCUCGACAACUGCAAACAGCACUACACCGGCUACGACAGCCACAGAGACGACAGCCCCCACUCCCACGAUGACUGCAACCAGCACCACACCGGCUACGACAACCAUACAGACGACAGCCCCCAUUCCCUCGACGACUGCAACCAGCACUACACCGGCUACGACAGCCGCACAGACGACAGCCCCCACUCCCUCGACGACUGCAACCAGCACCACACUGGCUAUGACACCCACAGAGCCCCCAUUCCCACAACGACUGCAACCAGCACCACACCGGCUACGACAGCCGCACAAACGACAGCCCCCAAUCCCUCGACGACUGCAACUACUACCACACCGGCUACGACAGCCGCACAGAAGACGGAGCCCACUCCCUCGACGACUGCAACCGGCACCACACCGGCUACGACAGCCGCAAAGACGAAAGCCCCCAAUCCCUCGACGACUGCAACCGGCACCACACCGGCUAUGACAGCCGCACAGACGACAGCCCACACUCCCUCGACGACUGCAACCAGCACCACACCGGCUACGACUGCCGCACAAACGACAGCCCCCACUCUCUCGACGACUGCAACCAGCACCACACCGGCUACGACAGCCGCACAGACGACAAUCCCCACUACCUCGACGACUGCAACCAGCACCACACCGGCUACGACAGCCGCACAGACGACAGCCCCCACACCCUCGACGACUGCAACCAGCACCACACCAGCUACGACAACCGCACAUACGACAGCCCCCACUCCCUCGACGACUGCAACCAGCACUACACCGGCUACGACAACCGCACAUACGACAGCCCCCACUCCCUCGACAGCUGCACAGACGACAGCCCCCACUCCCUCGACGACU